UUCCUGCAUAUGACUUUCCCCGGGAAGACGAUUUGGCGCGGACUGACCUGUUGUGUUGACCUGCCGCCGCCGACACAUUAAGAAGCUGCAGCCAAGAAAACUAUAAAGACAACGAGUCAUGGCUCCGGUGUCAAACCCAGACAAGGACAUGGAGGCUCCGGACGGCGAUGAUGGAGGAGAUGCAUGUGGUCUGGCCAAGUCUCGCUCCAGAAGAGAGAAGAGGGAGAAGGUGGGGAGGAAGUCUGCACUGGAGCAGCUCAGGAAAGCCAAGAAGGGGGAGAAGAUCAAAUAUGAGGUGGAAGAGAUAACCAGUGUGUAUGAGGAGGUGGACGAGGAGCAGUACUCAAAGAUGGUACAAGAGAGGCAAGAGGAUGACUGGAUUAUUGAUGAUGAUGGAACAGGAUAUGUGGAAGAUGGACGAGAAAUCUUCGACGAUGAUUUGGACGAUGAUGCGCUAGAAAACAAAAAAGCAGGAAAAGGAGGCGCCAAAGGGGCAGACAAACAGAAAACUGUGAAGAAAUCUGUUGUAGCGAAGCCCAACACCAUUAAGAGCCUCUUCAUGAACAGUAAUGUCAAGAGGCCUGCUGAGAAAGAUGUUGACCUGUCAAAAGAUGACCUGUUGGGAGAUAUCUUACAGGAUCUGCACUCUGAGAAGCCAGCUCUUCUGACUCCUCCACCAGUGGUCACUCUGAAGAAAAAGAAGUCUCUGGGAUCACCUAUGAAUCCCUUCUCCAUCAAACCUCAGAUGCCAAAGGAAUCACCUCCAGCUACGGGGUUAAAGGCCAAAGUGAUCCGACCACCACCUCCAGACCCUGCUCCCAGGCCAUCAGCCCGUCCUUUUCCCUCCACUUCUGCUCCUCCUGCACAGAAGCAGAGGACCAAAGUGGAGGAGGCAAAUGAAGAGGAAGUGAAUGACGCUCUGGCGUUUGACGGGGUAGACUUUGAUGAACCGAUGGAGGUCGGCUUUGAGGAGGAGAAGCCUGGAGUGAAAGAUGAGCCUGAACCUAAAGCAGCAGCCAUGGCUCCAGUUAAAGUUGAGCCCAAAACUGAGCCUCAGGACCCAGUUCUCUUGUCCAGCAGAAUUGGGAGCUCUUGGGGACAGGAAGAGGAAAGUGCAGUCAGUGAAGCUCCUGCAGAUGUCCAGGUCGACUCCAGCCGACUGCCUCUGGUGGAGGGAGCAGACGGGGAGCAGGUUUUCCGCUUUUAUUGGCUGGAUGCCUUUGAAGACCCAUACAGCCAACCAGGUGUGGUGUACCUGUUUGGAAAAGUGUGGAUUGAGUCAGCAGAGUCUCAUGUGAGCUGCUGCGUCUCUGUCAGGAACAUCGAGCGAACCAUGUACCUGCUGCCUCGUGAAUAUAGAGCAAACCCAAAGACAGGGGAGGUUUCAGACACUCCUGUAGAGAUGAUGGAUGUCUACCAGGAGUUCAACGAGCUCUCUGAGAAGUUUAAGAUCAUGAAGUUCAAGUCCAAGAAAGUGGAGAAGAACUAUGCAUUUGAAAUUCCUGAUGUGCCCAGUCAGUGCGAGUACCUGGAAGUCAGAUAUUCUGCUGAGUUCCCUGCACUACCUGCUGACCUAAAGGGGGCGACCUUCUCCCACGUUUUUGGAACAAACACCUCCAGUCUGGAGCAUUUCCUCCUCAGCAGGAAGAUUAAAGGCCCUUGCUGGUUGGAUAUCAAGACACCACAGCUUAUUGGCCAGCCGGUCAGCUGGUGUAAGGUGGAGGCUCUCGCUCUGAGGAGUGACCUGGUAACUGUGAUCAAAGACCUGCCGCCUCCACCCGUCACUGUCAUGUCCAUCAGCAUCAAGACAGUCCAGAACCCCAAGACGCACCAGAAUGAGAUUGUGUCCCUUGCUGCACUUAUUCACUAUGGGUUCCACAUGGAUAAAGCUCCUCCCCGGCCUCCAUACCAAACUCAUUUCUGUGUGGUCAGUAAGCCAGCCGAUUGUAUCUUCCCUUAUGACUUUAAAGAGGCAGUGAGGAAGAAGAAUGGGAAGGUGGAAAUAGCUGGCACAGAGCGGGCGCUGCUCGGCUUCUUCCUGGCUAAGAUGCACAAGAUCGACCCUGAUGUGCUGGUGGGUCAUGACAUCUUUGGUUUUGAUCUGGAAGUUCUUCUGCAGCGGUUAAACACUUGCAAGGUUCCUCACUGGUCUAAAAUUGGUCGCCUCAGGAGGGUCAACAUGCCCAAGUUAGGGGGUCGUGGUGCUUUUGCAGAGAAGAGUGCAACCUGUGGCCGCCUGGUUUGUGACGUGGAGAUCUCAGCUAAGGAGCUGAUCCGCUGUAAAAGUUAUCAUCUGACUGAACUCACAGCACAGGUGCUGAAGACAGAGAGAAUCACAGUCCCCCAGGAAGAAAUCAAAAAUCUCUACAGUGACUCUCCUCAUCUCCUCUACCUGUUGGAGCUGACGUGGACCGAUUCCAAGCUGAUCCUCCAGAUCAUGUGUGAGCUCAACGUGCUGCCGCUCGCCCUGCAGAUCACCAACAUCGCUGGCAAUGUCAUGUCUCGUACUCUGAUGGGCGGCCGCUCUGAGAGGAAUGAGUUCCUGUUGCUUCAUGCCUUCCACGACAAAAACUACAUCGUCCCUGACAAACCCUCCUUCAAAAAGACUCAGCAGGAGAUGGUUGAGGGAGAGGAUGAUGUGGAUGCAGGGAAAGGCAAGAGGAAGAAGAAGGCAGCUUAUGCCGGAGGUCUGGUGCUGGAUCCAAAAGUUGGUUUCUAUGAUAAGUUUGUGCUGCUGCUUGACUUCAACAGCCUGUAUCCCUCAAUCAUUCAAGAGUUCAACAUCUGCUUCACCACAGUGCAAAGGGAGGCUCACAACUCGCAGAAGAAGAGUGAGGAGAAUGAAGCGGAGGAGAUUCCUGAGAUUCCAGAUUCCAGUCUGGAAAUGGGAAUCCUGCCCAAGGAAAUCAGGAAGCUGGUCGAACGGCGUAAGCAGGUCAAGCAGCUGAUGAAACAGCAGGAUAUCAACCCGGAUCUCUACCUGCAGUAUGACAUUCGUCAGAAGGCUCUGAAGCUGACUGCUAACAGUAUGUACGGAUGCCUGGGAUUCAGCUACAGCCGCUUCUAUGCCAAGCCUCUUGCUGCGCUGGUCACACACAAGGGAAGAGAGAUUCUGAUGCACACCAAAGACAUGGUUCAGAAGAUGAAUCUGGAAGUCAUCUAUGGAGAUACCGACUCCAUCAUGAUCAACACCAACAGCAAGUCCCUGGAGGAAGUCUUCAAGCUCGGCAACAAGGUGAAGGCAGAAGUAAAUAAGCUGUACAAACUUCUGGAGAUCGACAUUGACGGUGUAUUUAAGUCACUUUUGCUGCUGAAGAAGAAGAAAUAUGCAGCCCUGGUGGUGGAGCAACAUGGAGAAGGACGAUGUAGUGUCAAGCAGGAGCUCAAAGGCUUGGACAUUGUCCGCAGAGAUUGGUGUGAUCUGGCCAAGGAGUGCGGCAACUAUGUGAUUGGUCAGAUUUUGUCCGACCAGAGUCGCGAUGUGAUUGUGGAGAACAUUCAGAAACACCUGGUGGAGGUGGGAGAGAAGGUAGCCAGUGGAGCCAUACCGCUAAACCAGUAUGAGAUACACAAGGCUUUGACAAAGGAUCCUCAGGACUAUCCAGAUAAGAAGAGUCUCCCUCAUGUCCAUGUGGCUCUGUGGAUCAACUCUCAGGGUGGCCGUCGGGUCAAAGCUGGAGAUACAAUCUCUUACCUCAUCUGCAAAGACGGCUCCACGCUGGCUGCCAGUCAGAGAGCCUACGCUCUGGAGCAGCUUCAGAAACAGGAAGGUCUCAGUCUGGACGCACAGUACUACCUGUCCCAGCAGAUCCACCCGGUGGUGUCUCGCAUCUGUGAUCCAAUCGAGGGCAUUGAUGGCGUGCUCAUAGCCACAUGGCUGGGUCUGGAUCCAAGUCAGUUCAGAGCUCAACAACAGCACCAGAGGGAGGAGGAGGCUGAUGGCAUGCUGGGAGCUCCAGUCCAGCUGACUGAUGAGGAGCGCUAUAAAGACUGUGAGAGGUUUACUUUCACCUGUCCUCAGUGUGGCACUGACAACAUCUACGAUAGCGUCUUCGAAGGAGCUGGUUUGAAGUUGGAGCCCAGUUUGUUGCGAUGCUGUCACCUCCCCUGUGGAGGCUCCCCCCUCGACUACUCUGUCAACAUCAGCAACAAACUUCUACUGGACAUCCGUCGUCACAUCAAAAAAUACUACUCUGGCUGGUUGGUGUGCGAGGACCAGGCCUGUCAGAACAGGACCAGACGUUUGCCCAUCGCCUUCUCCAGACAUGGACCCAUCUGCCCUGCUUGCACCAGAGCAACACUUAGACCAGAGCUGCAGUUGUGCGAGGGCUCGGAUAUUGUGGCUUUAGUAUUUACGACGCAUGUUUGCAGCAAAGCCGGAGAAGAGUAUGGAGAAAAGUGUGCAACGCCGAGGCCUCUUCUGUGUCACCUGUGUGUUUUAAAGCAUGUCCAUGUCAAGCCAGUUAGCAGCUUUUUCAGCGCAACUCGACUGCGUUUCUGUUUUUGUUUGGCCCGCUGCUGACUGUCCUCACACAGAGAAAUUGUCUGACUGACUACCUUUUCAUUAACUGCUUCACUGGUGUACUCGAGCAACAGUAUAGUGCUCAAAAGUUCUUUGGAGGUCGGAUGCGUGUGUGUCUUUGUGCAUGUGCCUGUCACCUAAAGGAUGGAGACGGGUGUUUUUAAGACUGAGGAAGUCUUGAGUGCUUGUUUUAUUGUGUGAGCCAUUAUAGACUGUUGCUCUGUGAUUUGGUUCAAUUUGUGUGAUUUAGCCUCCUUUUCUUAUUUCUUACUUUUCCCUUUAUUCUAUACAUCCUGUCUCCACUCUGUCUUCUAUUCUGUCGCGCUCGUACACACACUUCACGCUUCCUUUUGGCAUAACUGUGUUUGGCGUGUGUACGUGGGCCAGCGUGAGUGCAUAUACAUAUGUGUGUGUGUGUCUGUGUGUGUAUGGGGGGGUAGUCAGUCAGGGAUGAGGGAGGCAAAGGAGCAAAGGGGUACGUGGUGGGGGCUGGGGGGUCCAACACUCCCGGGAGAGAGGCAAUUUCACAGCUGGUUUGCUCCUUAGGCAGUCAGGCUGAAAAUGCUGCAGAUUUGUGGAGCAAAUUGAAAUGGUGUCAGUGCAGGAACAAAGCGCCGAGCUGAAUGACGAGGUAGGUGUGUGUGUGUGUGUGUGUGUGCGUGUGUGUGUGAGGGAGAGAGUGAGGUGGGGUUGAGGGGUGCUAAAUUCAAUAACAAUCCUGUAACAUUUUAGCCACGCCUUUCUGACACCUGUCAAUCAAUCAGUACGCAGCGACCAGCCCGCCCACAAUCAGCAUUAUAUUGUUUGAACGUGAGCAUCGUGUGCCUCUGUGAUGUGUGUGCGUUUUUAUUUUUCAAGAGGACGAAGCGGUGUGUAGUGUUUGUACCGACCGAGCUUGUUCAACCUUGGCAACCGUAACCGAGGCUCCAUUAUGGGAUGUGCAUGGUUUGGUUGUUGACUAGGCAGUGCAUCAACGGUCAACAGCUGUGCGUGCCAUGUGGGCAGCCAUAGAAAGCCAUUAAACACGCACACACUCACUUUCACACAUCACAUAGUUUGCAUUUAGCUGCAUUAGAUACUCUCGCCACUUGAUUAUGCCACAGCAGUAAAAACUGAAAUUACAAUUACGCACAUUGCCGAUUGGCAGGUAUAAUGGGCACACAAGCUCACUUCACACACACACACACAGAUACUGACACGCAGGAAUUGUCAGGGGAUUCUUCCUGGUGGUAAUAAUAAAGCACUCGGCGCACACCUGAUGGCAGUGUGGGGUCGGGGCUUAGCGUGCCCUCUGCAGCGUAGCAGGGAAAUGACGAGCCAAUAACUGCAAUUAAACAUGCAGUAUAAUGGCUAAUCAAAUUGACAGCCUCGGCUGUUCGCAUGCCUCUCUCACAAUGGCUUAUCACAACAAACUAUUAUGAGGGAGGGUAUUUCAGGCCUGAUCCCCUCUUUUCUCUCUCUCUCUCUCUCUCUCCCUCACUGUCUCUGAUUCUCUCACUUCUUUCUGCAUCUUUACCCUUUUCUCUCUCUUUUUUGCUCUUCUUCUCGUCUUCCCUCCCACCACUCUGUCUCGCUCAUCCUCUCCGUCUCUUUCCCCCUCUCUCCCUCUGGCAGGCUGUCGUGUGGCUCCACUUAAUUGCAGUGGAGAUUAACAAAGCAAGCAAAUUUGUUUUCUUGCUUUACCGUGUCACACAGAGGAAGGGAGAUGUUUUCGGGGAGGUAUAGUCAUUGGAGCGGGGCGCACCCUCAUAGUCACGUUCAAUCAGGCUGUUUCUCAAACCGGGUUUAUUAUUCUGUUGUGGAUGUUAUUUUUGUCCUGUCAUGAUCUUGACUCCUCUCUCAACAAAUUGAAAUAAUGGUGAUUAAUCACUUAUCGAGGCAAACGGGAAAUAAAACGGAGGAUUGUUAGUGAGUCGGCUGUAUAUAUCUAACCCAAAAAUUAGCCACAAAGCUUCCAAUCCACCAUCGCUCAGCAGCGCUUUUACCGAGAGUCAUAAAACUGAGUGGCAGCUUUUGUUUAUCUCAUGUUUUUGCUGAAGUAACUCUAUUUGUGUGCUUAUUCUAU